CGCCGCCUACGUAGAGCUUUCAAGGGGAAAUUUGUUAUGGGAAGUGCAUGGUCGGUGAUUUGAAUCACACGUUGGUGGAGAUGCUCCGACGUGUGCUGGGGAAGACCUUGGGCUUCGUGGGUUACACAAUCCAGUAUGGCUGCAUUGCACACUGUGCCUUUGAAUACAUCGGAGAGUUUGUGGUGUGUUCUGGUCCAUCCAUGGAGCCCACGAUUGUUAGCCAUGAUGUUGUCUUCUCUGAGCGUAUGAGUCUUCAUCUGUGUAAAAUACAAAAGGGUGACAUAGUAAUUGCAAAAAGUCCAUUUGACCCAAAUAUGAACAUUUGUAAAAGAGUAAUUGCAUUGGAAGGUGACAAGAUCUGCACAAGUGGCCCAUUAGAUCUGUUCAAGACCCACACAUACGUUCCAAAAGGCCAUGUAUGGCUGGAAGGCGACAACCUCAGGAAUUCCACUGACUCAAGACGCUAUGGCCCAGUUCCCUAUGCACUCAUCCGGGGGCGUGUGUGCCUGAAGCUCUGGCCACCACACAGCUUUGGCACCCUGAGUGAGAGCCCAACCGAACGGAUCUCUAAAACCCAUGACUCGGACUCAGACUGACCCAGUUUAUUUUCGGUGUAUGUUACUGUACUUGGUUUCAGUCACUUUUGAAUAAAAAUGCUAUUUAUGAAGUGUACUUUUAAGCCGUGUCUGUUUAAUUUAGGUCAGUAUAAUUUUAUGUUUUUUGGCAAAAAUGCCUUGCAUUCAUGCACACUUACUUAGUUGAACUGUUUUAUAAUCGGCAGACCUUCUCGAGCCUACAGUGUGUUCAUUGUAGCUGUGCAGCAUUGUAGGAAGAGCUUUGCGUGAGCAAUGAGUAAAACUUUCUCUUUGGAACGGCUAAUGGCGGUGCUGGCAGAGCCAUCGAUGAGACGCUGGAGUUAAUUUAUUCAUUCAGUUUAAGAAAAGAAAUUGAUAACACUAAUAUUAACAGUAAGUUUCAAAUGAAUGACUCCUAAUCAUGCAUAGCCACACAUGUAUUGGAAGAGAUAUCAGUUUUUGUGUUUUAGUGUUUGAACUGUCUCUGAAAUGCACCUUAACCACAAACACUACUUGCAAGAUGCUUGUGCACAUCCUUAAAGAGAUAUCAAAGUCUACAAAGUACACCCUCAGCAAUCCACUUAAAAAGAUGUUAUUAAUGUCAUUUUUACCCUUUCUCAGUAUUAUGGUAAAACAAAAGCUCUGUGAUUGUUUAAUAAUUC